UAAUACCUCCACAACUUUUGAUGCUAACUGUAUUGUGCUUCAUUUCAUGCAGGAAUCACAAAAUCCUCCAAGGCAAGCCACAUCAUGUGACACGAUUCUUGGCUUUGGCUCAAGUGGGAAAUCCAGACAAGAAGAAAAGAUAUCUGUAUGCAUUCUCUGUCACACCCAUGAGCUCCAUGGACGAGAAAGAGCUGACUCAGCAACCACCCACUGCCACCAACUGUCCCUACACUGAACUAGUCAAAUCUUUGAGUGAGUCUCAAGAGGAGACUGGGCCUAACUUCUUCUUUGAUCAGAGGACUCUUGAUUCAGCUCAUCGCAAACAGAAGAGACAACAGGACGGAGGACCCCCUGCAAAGAGACGACCCCCUCCCCAGCCCAGGGGGCCGUGCUGGUUCUGUCUGGGAGGCAAGGAAGUGGAGAAACAUCUCGUGGUCUCCAUCGGAGAUCAUACGUACCUGGCUUUAUCCAAGGGUGGGAUGGUACCAGAGCAUGUGCUGGUCCUACCCAUCGGUCACUAUGCAGCCUCCACUGACGCACCACCAGAGGUUUUGGAGGAGCUUGGAAAGUUUAAGAGUGCUCUGAGGAAGUACUUCAACAGCAAAGAUCAGUCGUGUGUCAUCUUCGAGAGAAACUACAAAUCACAACAUCUUCAACUACAGGUUAUUCCAGUGCCCAAGAUUCCAUCUGAUGCUCUGAGACAAGCCUUCAUAGAUUAUGGGCGGAGUAUGGGGGUGGGGCUUGAGACUGUGCCCAGGGAAACACCACCCUCAGAGCUUGCGUACACUGGUGUCCCAUACUUCCUGGCAGAGUUUGAUGAUGGGGGAAAUGUGUUCACAAGAAUAAAAGGACGUUUCUCUCUCCAAUUUGGAAGGGAGGUGUUGGCUGCUCCUCUCGUUCUGAAUCUGCCCAAUCGGAUCAACUGGAAGUCGUGUAUGGCAACAAAGGACGAGGAAACGAAAGCUGCUCUAGAAAUGAGAAAGAAUUUUGAACCAUUUGAUUUCACCGCUGACAAGGAUGAUUAAUUCCAGUCUAACUUUCCCUACUCCAUGCAAUCAUUUAUUCUCUCAUGCAUGCUAUUAUUUUUGUGAUGUACAGUUUGAUAUGGGGCUCACACA